UAAAUGCACAGCAAUGGUUUUAGAUUGCUGGCAAAUUUUAUGAAGGUAGAAUAUUGAGGUACCUGUUGGGUUAUUUAUAAAUUUUCAGUUAGUCUUCAUAAUUCAAGUCUUCAAUUGAUCUUGAACUGCAUUUGCUGAAAUCCUGAUUUUAAAAAAUGUAUUCAUCUAAACCAAAGUUGACUAAUGCAGGUUUUAAGCCAUUGCAGUUUUUGCAACAUGUAAACUGUAAUUGAGCCGAUACAGGUGGUAAUAUGCUGUGACAAAACUACAAGUCUCAUGAUGCAGGGAAACAUUUUCUUCAAAAUAAUUGUGCCUCUGACACUGGUUUGUAUGCUUGGGCCACUAAAAUCUGUUAUCCAAUACAAGAUCCUUUACAACCAGGAGUGUAUUUUUAUCUAAACUUGGCUGGAAAACGGGUAUUUCAAUAGUUGGCUAAAACCUGUUAAAAUGUGCUUUGAAGCUAAAUGUGUACUGUGGGAAAUUUGUUAAAGGUGUAAACGUUCUUGCUAAAGGUCGGUUAUCAAGUUCUUUCAGAAAUGCUACAAGUCUGAAAUUUAAAUCACAGUUGGCAAUAUGGAAAUAAUCUGAUUUACAGAGCUGAUGAGUUUCCUUCUGUUUUUUGUUUUUUUUUUGUCACAUUUAAAGGUUUCUGGUUAUCAAACAUGAUAUCAAAGAUAAAUUUCAGAAAAUACAACAAGCUGUUGUCAAAUGGUUUAAUUAGUGAUAAAAAAGUCUGGAAACCAACCUAGCCGUAGGUGCAUAAAAUAAAUCUACUUUCUAGGUUAGUUUUUGCAAGCUACACCCUGGAUUACUACCAGGCCCCUAGAAUCAAGAAAUCCACAAACUGGAGAAAUCAUAACACAAGUUAGGUAAUCGCCUAACUAGGUAAUUCACUUUUUUUUUUUUUUUUGUCAGUCAGUGCAAUAUAUUAGUUUUAUCUAGGGGUGCACUGAUUGCAGUUUUCUGGCCAAUAGCUGAUUACCGAUCUUUAGAAAGCACAACCUUCCGAUUUCUUUUAUAACUGACACUGUCAGGUGUUAUAAGGUCACAAUACACCUCCAAUGUUCCAAUUGUAUUUGAUUGAAAAACAACCAAAUAUAAAACGUUUAGAGCAUUGCUGUUCCAAUAGUCAUUCAUUUUUCACAUUUUAUAAAGACAACUUGCACAACAGGUUAGACAAGUAGAUAAGAUCGGUUUCACAUGUAUCUGCCGAUCUCUCAAAAUUAAGGAAAUCGGGGCACUCAUAGUUUUAUUUAUUUUUCUUCACAGGUUUUUCUUUCAAUUACGGGGAAAACUAUGCCAAAUGUUUUUGUGAACAUUCCAAGACUCGCACUAAUAUCUCAACCCAAUCUUUUAGAAACCACUGGUAUAAUAACUUACAAUGUAAACUGUAUAAGAUGUAAAUCUGUUGAUGUUAAAAUGCAAAUGUGAUCAUGCUUAUUUUCACCAUCUUCCAUUAUGUGCUUUAAAUGUGUACAAUGUUCAUUUUGAACGCGCUCGCAGAGAAACGGGGGGUUUAGGUUGGUUGGGGGAGGUGCUUUAAAACACACACAGGCAGGAAAUAGAGGGAGACCUGCGUGUUAAUGUUUAGCCCAGAAAAGCAUAAAAAAAAAAAAAAUCCCCCGCGGUGCAACGCCUCGAAGUAACUAACUUUAGAGGCAAUUCAUAUGAAAACUAUUAUAUUUAGUAUUAAAUUAUAUGAGCGUUUAUAAACAAAACAAGAGCGACCCCCACCCUAUAAGAAAGCAGGGCCAAAGUUCACAGGAAGCUGGGGGGCUGCCAUCUUUCCCCUGCUGCUGCUAACGUUUAACGGUAGAUGCUAAAGCGACGGGAGGGGCGGCUGGUUCGGGUUUUUCUAGCUAGCUGGCCUCGGUUGAUCGGGACCGUUAAACCGCAUUCUGUCAUUUCUGCGACGGUCGACGACAAAGACCAUUGUUGUUUGAUGAAUUCGGUAUGGAGAAGGUAUCGGAGCCGUCUUGGACCUCUUCGUACACCUACCAGGUGAGCAAGCACAGCGCGGAGAUGCUACACAACCUCAACGUUCAGAGGAAAGAUGGAGGCAGGUUCUGCGACGUGAUCCUGCGCGUCGGCGAGGAGAGCUUCCCCGCUCACAAAGCGGUACUGGCCGCCUGCAGCGAGUACUUCGAGUCGGUGUUCGGCCGUCAGGCGGAGGGUGAGGGCGACGCCAAGGAGCUGGAGAUGCACACGAUCAGCCCGAGAGUUUUCAAAGACAUCCUGGACUUCGCGUACACCUCCAGGAUCGUGGUUCGGUUGGAGUGCUUCCCGGAGUUGAUGACGGCUGCCAAGUUUCUGCUGAUGCGGUCCGUCAUCGAGAUAUGCCAGGAGGUCAUCAAGCAGUCCAACGUGCAAAUCCUCGUUCCGACCGCCCGGGGAGGAGAGGCCAGCCUCUUCCAGGCCGCGGGGGCCACGGAGCUGGGUUUCCCCGUGGCUCAGCAGGAGCUGGUGAACGGAACAGGUAUACUGUUAAACGGCCAAGGCUUUGUGAACAGCACGCAGAUGCACAUUAACGUGAGCGAAGACACACCAGCCGUGCUGCUGGAGGACGGCGGCGAGUCGUCGGUGCCGAUGUUGGAGCCUGUCGAAGGACUCUCUGUGUCUCCGUCGGCGGAAAUCAUGGGGAGCAUGUUUCAUCACGACGCUGGCUCGCCUGCAUCCAAACGGGCAAGGGGGAGACCAAAGAAAGAGGCUGUCCUCUUUAAUCACAUCAACCAGAAGGUCAACGGCCAGCUGUUUCCCUGCGGGGCCUGCGGUAAAGCUUUUACAGAAGCUUCUCGCUUAAAGAACCACGAAGCGCAACACGGAGCCUCCACCGGGGGCGUCCACAGCCUCGGAGACGGCCUGUCAACACCCGGGGGGUUGUCUCUGCUGUCGCAGCCAGGGCUGCUGGAAAACGGGGUGCAGUUACCCGUGGGGCUGGCGCUGGACAACAAUCGCAAGCGGGAGCGGACCAGGCGGCAUGUGGGUUGCGACAUUUGCGGGAAAGUUUUCCGGGACGUGUAUCACCUGAACCGACACAAGCUAUCCCACUCUGGGGAGAAGCCGUACGCGUGUCCCGUGUGCGGGCUGCGGUUCAAGCGCAAGGAUCGGAUGUCCUACCAUGUUCGGUCCCACGAUGGCUCGGUUGGCAAACCGUAUGUGUGCCAAAGCUGUGGGAAAGGUUUCUCGAGACCAGACCACCUGAAUGGACAUAUUAAACAAGUGCACACGACAGAGAGACCCCACAAGUGCCAGAUUUGUAACGCUUCCUUCGCGACAAGAGAUCGCCUCCGGUCGCACCUCGCGUGUCACGAGGACAAAAUUCCCUGCAAAGUUUGCGGCAAGUUCCUGCGAGCCGCCUACAUGACGGACCACCUAAAGAAACACAGUGAAGGAACUCACAACUACUGUGGCAUUUGCAAUAAAGGUUUCUCCACUGCGUCCUACCUUAAGGUGCAUAUAAAGACACACCAUGGCUCGUCACUGCCCACUUCUGCCACAAUGCACUUCCCUGAUCCAAGGGGGGAGCUGCAGCUGCAGAUGCACAACGGCACCCCUUACCAAAUGGGACGCCAGUGCUCAGUGGAAGACGGGCAGGAAAACGUCGGCAAGUGUCCCCACCUGGAGUCGGAGGAGUCGGAUACUUCAUUAAGGGAAUUGUCCAAUGUCAGCGAGCUUAAGUCUCCCACCAAAUCCGACGGACCGGAGAUGGAGGAGCCCUCCUUAGCCUGCAAUGGGGCUCCUGCCACCGUCCUCGGGUCUCCAGAUACUUCUAAAGCCAACGCAGACCCCGAAAAGAAGUUUAUCUGUGGGAUCUGCGGCCAGGCGUUUCGCACUAAGUCCUACCUCAACAAGCACCAGCACCGCGUUCACAAAGCCCAGAGGACCCACGGGGUCUCGGGGUCUGGUUUAAGCGAGAUGGCACCCUCCCUGACUUCCCCUUUUUCCCCACAACAAAACAUGUCCCUCCUCGAGUCCUUCGGCUUUCAGAUAGUCCAGUCUGCUUUUGCCUCUUCUCUUGUGGACGCUGAGGCAGGUCAGAGUGGAAUCGACUUUGGAGGGAAGUAACAGUUUCUCAGAGGCUUUUGCAAGAUGUCUUUUGGCCUCCUCAUUCUUUGGACGAAAGCCGGGUCGCCCACAGAAAAUGCUCUGUGUUUGGGAAUAACUUUGCCUCAAGACUACUCUUUCUGUUUGUCUCAUUGCUUAACGUGCAUCCAACAUUUUUUGUCAGAAACUGCCAUUGAAGUCCUACCUUUCUACUUUUUCAGAGGAUAAAAGGGGGUGUUUUCGCCAUUUAAUGUUUGUGCUUCAAGAAAUGACACAAAGGUUGUUUUUUGUUUGUUUUUUUCCACUGAUGUCGGCCUGUGAAAGUUCUGUUUCAUUUCUGUCUCUCAUGAGUUUUUUUUCCUGAGCUUUCUCAGCUGCACAAAUGUUCUUCUCAUGAGAUGACUUAUUUACUUUACUGUUAGAAGGAGUAGAUGUUAACUUGCUCACUUUAACUGCUCUAGCGAGCUUAAAAACAGAUCCUUGGUCAUCUGAGUGAUUACAGAUGUCUUUACCUCAGAGCAAAAGCAGGGCUUACAUCUAGAUUUAUGUAAAUUCAGAGUUUUUUCUUUCUUCUGGGCAGGAAUUUAAAUUGACUUCAGUUCUUUUGUUAAUCUCUUAGAUAGUGAAGAUGAAACACGUCGAACAGACUGAUGCCGUUUGAGAAGAUGAGGCAUGCAGCGCCCUACUUGCUCAUUAACACCCCUGGUAAAGAUGCAACACUAACCUUAAAAUAAAGUCAUCUUUUAAUGCCAUUGCACUGGAAAAAAAAAAGGAAAAUUAAAACUUGAAGUAGAUUUGCUAAAAGGUCCCACGUGCCACAUUUAUUGAUAUGUGUUGUUCAUCCUGCACACUAGAGAUGCACUAGUUUCCCAUUGCCUAUUUGAUCAGGUUUAGAUUUCUCCUAAACAACUAUAAAUGACAACAAAAUACUUAUUUAGCUUUCUGGAUAAAUUAGAAGCUGAUCUGGCUUAACAAUAAAAUGUUAAGAGUGAGAUAAUUUUUUUUUUUAAAAUAGGCCAGAAUUUAAGUCUCUCUGCAUCACUGAAAAUACAGAAGUGUCUAUGAAUAAAACCCAAGGAAAAAGAUUUACGGCAUCUCAUUCACUGAUUUACUAGACAGAUUAUAGUCCACUAACUUUCUUGUGUCCAUAUUUUUAAAAGUGCAAUAUGAACCUUAUCACAAUGUUUUUCAACAAGAUCCAGUCAGAAUAAAUAACAGCUCUGUCCAAAUUCAAAUUUGUGAGAAAAAACCUGCAAGUUUGCAAAAUCUUUAAAUCAUUCAUUCAUUCAUUGUUCCGACCCAUGAACCCUAGAAAGCCUUUUUGUGAUUGCCGCUAUCAGCAGCAGAGUUGAAGUGACAUCCUGCCUGAGAGGGAGCAGUUAGUGUUACACAGCUCUGCAGUUAAACAAGAUUUCACUUAUUUCUGAUAUUACUGCGUGGCACGAUCAGGACGGUUUGCAUUACUGACUGUAAACAGCAGUACGUGUGUGUAUUCCCUGUAGGACACGUAGAGCCUUAACUCCUAAUCCAGCAUGUUCCAUGGCGGUUAGAAUCGGACUCCUCAAAAGUCUAAAACUCUUCACUCGGUAACAACUUCCACACUGAACAAUGUUGUUGUCAGCGUGACCUGGUUGCACUUAGUUGAUUAUGUCUCUAAUGCACCAUUUCUCUCUUCAUUUGAUUUACAUAUAAUCAUCAUGGCAUUUCAAAAUGUUCAUGAUGCCAAAGUUUCUAGGCCCUUUUAAAAGAGAAACAGACCCACAGUAUCACAGAUCCUCCACCAUGCCUAACAGUGGGCGUCAUGUGCUUUUCCGUCAUGGUAAUUAUUGCUUUAAAACUUCAUCUGUGUGUCAUCUAAUCAAAGCACGGGGUUCAGGUUAAAUAACCAGCAGAGUUUAACAAACCACAUGUUUAAUUUUGGCAACUUAAACAUGUGUUCCGGUCCAACCAACCUAGUCAUGGUUCCAGUUGUAAACAUUUCUAGCCAGAUUUAUGAAGAUCAACAUGUUAGUGUUCCUUAAAUGGGGUGUACUUAUUUCUUUGCCAUUUCGAAAAGCUGUUGAAAGAAUUGGGUCUCUGUGUCGCGUCGUACUUAUACCUCAGGAAAACAAGAAGUCUUAAGUAAAAGUCAAAGUACAUUUAUAUUACAGUACUUUUAAUAAAUAAAAUGUUUCAGUUGCAUUUAUUUUACAGCAGGCCAAUAACUAGCAUCAGGGAUUAACUUGUUUAGAACAGAUUUUUGUUUCUCCACUGAAUAAACGUAUUUAAAUCAAAGGUUGGAUUAUUCUAAAAUUGAAAUCAUGCUGCUGUGAAAAAGAUGAAUUUACUGCAAGGCUUUACACUCAUCUGUACCAGGGGUGCCAGGAACAGCUUAGGAUGCUGCAUAUGAUGUUCUCUGAAUUCGUCAGGCACUUUGACAUAAAAUACCCUCAGAGGCACUUUUUAAAGUGCCUCUCUUUUUUUGUUAUUUGGUCAAUAAAGAGUUUAAAAGUAAAAUAUCACAUUGCAAGGAAGGAAAAGUCAUUGGUUGCAUAUUUCUCAGCACAUUUCCGUUUAAAUUGAGACAAAUGUGGCUGGAGUUUGGUAAAUGGACAAUGAUCUGAUAUUUAUGUGAACCUUCUGCCCUCGAUCCAGAAAUCUCGCUGAUUACAUUUCAAAGCAAAGUCCGGAUUGUUUCCACGUCUUUGUUAGUUUCUUGAAUGCGUUAAAUUCAUGAAACGGGGACCAAGACCAGGUAUAUUUUCAGUAUAUAUUUUAAAAGAUGUAGAUUAUAUUUUAAUAACUUAUUCAUACCUGGAGUUUUGGGUUGUUUUUAAUUUACUGUCAAACAAAACUCUUGGUUGUUUGUUCUUGUUUUUUUUUUCCACUUUAACUUAUGGGAACCUGAGAUGUGAAUAUGCGUGUUGUGCAAGGAGGUGUUGUGACGCUUCGCAGAGGGAGGGAGCCACAGCUGACAGAACGAACCGUUUUUCACCUUCAUCUUCCUGUGCUCGGAGCCGCUCGUGAUGCAUCCUGUUGACAUGGGUCCCGUUGCUUUCUUAGGUUGGAUCUUAAAUGUCUGAGAGUCUUAACAGUGAUGUGACACACAUAAGCAGUUUAUUGAAAAUCUUUAAUGGGAUUGUUUUUCAAAUUUUCACUUAAAAUCUUUUAUUUCUUCAAGCAGAAUUAUAAAAUCUACAAACACUUUGCGAAGAUUUUCUAAUUCUUAAUUUGUGUUGUCAGAUAAUCCCAAAAGAUGUUGACUGACUUGAGGAAUUAUGCAAAAUAUUGUUUUAGGUUUGUUUGAUUCAAUGUUGGGGGUAAUAUCAAGCAUUUUGUAAAUGAGCGGCGAAGAUCAUGUCCAGUCAGUUUAUUUUUGAACCCCUUAGUGAGACGGUCAUUUUGGUUUGUCAUUCAAAGCUCAGCAGGAAUAAAAGCCAAUAAACUUUUAUGUUUUUAUUUGGCUCUUCUUGAAAAGCAUCAAUCACCUGACUACCAUAUUUCUGGAUUUGUCUAAUUGCUGCUCCAUUAUUGUCACAAUCAUGACUCUCCUCCUUUACUUUUUCCUGUAAAUAUUUAAAAGUGAAGUACAACGAACCUCUGUGAGCACAGUUUCGCUCUGUUAUAUCCGCAUGGUUGCGAAGCACCUACUACACGUCACACAUCGAGUUUAUUCUCGCAGGUUUUUCUUUUGUUUGUCAAAGGUGUGUGUCGCAAUGCAAAUCAGGCUCAGUCUAACAGUUGAAGGGCUGAUGGUGUGUGUGUGUGUGUGUGUGUGGGGAGUGGAUGAUGGAUCUGGCUUUAUCCGGUUAAUUGUGAGUUAUUUAGUACAUUCCAAUAUUAUUUAUGUUUAUAUUGUGAUUGUAACACCUGUAUAUAUCUCUUCCACACACACACACACACAAUAUAAAUAUAUAUAAAUAGAUCUAUAUAUAUAUAUAUAUAUAUAUAUAUGAACCAACCUGUUUGAUCUGUGUUUGUAAGUGGUGAGUUUUGUACAUAUCAAGGUUUAGUUUCAUGUGUUUUUGGGAGGGAUGUUAAGUUAUGGCCAUCUGAAGUGUAAAGUACACGUUCAGGAAUGCGAGCUGAGCUGGGGACUGAAUGUCGAUCACUGGUUGGUGGCAGUAGUUGUAUGUAUUAGUUACACUGAACUAUCACUUUGCAGUGGUAGCGCUCACACUGCCAGCUACUCGACUCUUUGACCAAGCUUUUUCUGUUUUGUUUUUCUUGUUUUUUUACCCACUGUGCACUGGUAUUUCCUCAUUUAAUGGUUUUGCUAUAUUUAUCGUUUAAAGACACUUGUAACAUGCUGUAAAGAAGUAAUAAACCUUUGUUUUAGAUUUGAUUAGGAGAAAAUGGUCUUUUUAUUCUUUCCCACAAUUGAAUUAUAUUAAUUGUUUUGGCUUAAAUGUUUUGCUUUCUUUUUGUCUGUUGCAAAGUGCCUUCCAAAAUACUGAUUGUGCUCAGCAGUGGAAAAAUAACUAAAAAAAUAAAGUCCUUUUUCUUUUCUAAAGGGUGAAAAUUGUACAGAGUAACUUGCAUUGACACUUUUGUAUAAAAAUCGCAAGAUGUACAAUAUGUUACCAUGGUAUUUUAUCAUUGUACUCUACAGGAUUGCUCUUAAAACACUUGAACUUUGUGUUUUGUUAUGACGUCUUUGGACAUAUUUCAUUAUGAGCUUACUUUUCUAUAGAUAUUUGUUUUUGUACUCUGUUUCCGAGUCUGGUCUCAAAUUCUCGGUUUAGAGAUGAGAAUCAAAUAAAUUGCAGCUGAAAACCUCCAAA